CAGUGCUACAGUCCACGAAAGCGUUCCGUCAAGCCUAAAGGGUGCGGCUUCGAUUCGUAACCUCUAAACGUCCACGUCCACAUCCAAUCGAGUAAUUUGAACCCGCAUCAGGCCAACUAACUUCAGUUGCACGAGAAGACUGAUUAUUAGUCAGAGCGAUAGAUGGGAAAAAUCGGUUUGCCCGAAAGAACUCGUAAGUUGUAUUUCAAGUCAGCUGCGUUUAAGAUUAAAAGUCAUAACAACUUUUCCUAGUGUUAAAGCCUUCGAUUUCAACGUGACAAAACCCUUUAACCGAGGAAGCCGUUUGUUUUUAGUUCAGUCUUCAGUGUUACUUCAGCAAAAUAGCAGAGACCAGUUGAGCCAUUAAAAUAAGGCCUUGACAUGCCAAAGUGAAACGACAGAAAGCUUUUUGAACAGAACAAGUUUGUGCGUUAACUAGUUAAACCCCAGCAACCAGUGGAGUUUCCAGCAAUCCUCCACGCAAAUAAUACUAUCUCGAUAACUAACUUCAUAAUUUUGAAUGGUAUAUCAUAAUGGCUGGGAGAGAUCGGCAAUACGAAACACCAGAAGAUGUUUUCCAGGAGAUCCUGUGCUGGAUUCAGAAUGAAAAUACUGAACCGAAACUGGUGGAAAAUGCAAUCAGUCACAUCGAUUCAGAGGUGCGAUGCGCACUUAAAUCAUUGGAGGAGACUUGCGUAGAACUGCAAUACGUCAAUGCCCUCUUGACAAUGUGGGCGAGGAACAGUUUAGAAAAGGCGUUUAUCCACUUGGAGAAUGAAACGUCCGACAUCAGCACCGACAUGUCAACUGUCUUGGACGAACUGCAUUCCGUCGAUUCGUUCGAAGAUAUUAAUACCAAACUAAUUGCAGAGAAUUCACAGCUUUGGACUUGGUUUGGUAAAAGCUGUCGAUAUUUCAAAUUGAUUCUCCAACAGGAAGAGCUGUUCAGAAACACCCCCCGUUUCGCCCUUCUACUGAACCGAAAUUUCAACAAACUGAAGAGUUAUUUUAUCAAUAAGAUUUUUUUCCGCUACAGAAAUGACAUCCUCAACGACGUUGAUGGUGAAGCACUUCAAAAAUUCCUUUCGGUUCUGACUGAGUUUUUGACAAAAGCCAAUGAAGACAAGGAAUUACAAAACAUUCUGGAGGCUCACAUACUAGAAAGCAAUAUAAAUACGAAUAGCCGGGAGACAGAUUGGCAAGGAUGGAUUAACAUCCUGGUUGAAAAAAUCUUGAAAACACUCCCGCCGGCAAAGAGUGAUAACGAGACGAGUGCAGUCCCUGAAUGGAUACAGCGUUUCAAGCUGACUGUGUCGCUAAUAAACAAGUGGACACCAAAACUGAAUUUGCUUAUCGGAGAGACAUACAAGAAGCUCUUGCUGCCUGAAACCACAAUCGAAGUGAGAGAAGAGUACGGAAGGAAAAUUAUUUUCAUCAAUGGCGCUGCCAUUUUUGUUAGCAAAAUUACGAAGAAAAUGAAGGAAUUGAAAGACAACAAUUUAGACGUGCAAGAAAUACAGAUCGUUGGACAGUCGUCCAUUCACAUCGAUUGUGAUUUGGAAAAUGAAACCUGGCACGGAACCAAUGUGGGUAUCGUUACCCACAAACUUAUCGUUUGCGCCAGUGAGAACGUCAAGAAAAUAGUAUGGGACGUAUCGGGAAGACAUGCCAGUGAUGCCACACAUGCAAACGCGGGCGAAAGUGGAGGUAAUGUUUUUAUUAAAUGCAAUCAAAUUAUCGGAGCUGAGCAAUGGGCGAUCGUAUCCGAUGGAGGGGAUGGAAGUUCUGCUGUUAAAUGGUCCGUGGAAGAAUUUCAGAAAGUUUUCAUUCACAAAUGUUCACUUGACGAGGAUGAGAACACAGAAAAAGAAGAUGAGCAAGAAGCCAGCCAUCCGGCAAGAUCAAAUGUUUUGGUCAAAAACGGCGUAAUCAAAUUUUCGUAUGAAAGUCGGAAGAAAAAUCGACACACACUCAUUCUCUGUAAAGGAAACAGAUGUGGACAAGGUGGCUAUGGCGGAAACAUAUUAUUGGAAUUGUCGAAUAACGAGCAUGGCGUCCCUCCUGCUGGUAUGGAAGUGUAUCAAGCAAUGGGCACAGGAGGGGUUGUCUACAAAGCAUCGGUUUCAGACGGAAAAACGGGUCGAACAUAUGGCGAUGUUGGUUACAUCCACAAUGGAGACAAGACCCAAGAAGGAAUUUUUUUUGGUUUUGAAAGGGAUCAAAUACUAGGAAUUCAAUACUGGACGAAAAAAACGUUACAAAGAGAUAAAGUUGUUUCUUACGUUAAGAUUAGGCCUAGUGAUGGCGUAGAAAAGGAUGAUUUGUUUGGAAAUCUAUGUUAUGCAACAAUAAUCUUAUCUUUGGAGCAAAAUGAUAGCUUACAAUUAUUUUCCGCCUCGAAGAAAAAUGGCGUUAUUCGCCAAAGCCUUAUUCGUCAUUUCUCAAAGAUAAGUGAGCGAAAGCAAAUAACAGAUUCCCUGCAGAAGACGUUUUCGUCUGAUACGUGUGAACAAAAUCAAUCACAAAAUGUCGAUCAAUUGAUGAAAGAAAUCCAAAAUGAUAAGUUCCAAUUUGGUGAUCUACUGCACCAGCAGCUGAAUCAAGAAAGGAUAAGCUGCAUCAAACCAGCGCCUAGUGUCAAAAGCAGUGCAGCGUGUGAUCCUAGCGCAUCUCAAGGAAAUUCUAUGAGCGAUAGAAAACUUACCAGUUUUAAUAUACGGAAUAGAAAAAUGCUUGCAAGCUUCCUCUACGAGAAUUCAAAAAAAUUUAUUUCGCCCACCUGGAAGCAGAUGUCAAACGAAAUGAAAUCAAAAUCAAAAUCAAAAAUCGAAAAUUUCAAUGAACGAAUCAUAUUCAUCUUGAGCUACCUUAAUGAUCAAAGAAAUCUAGGGGAGAAAGAAGAUAUCACAAGAAAAUGGAAAAAAAAAAUUAAAAUUAACGGAAACGAAGAAAGUGGUCUCAAAUCGUUAGCCAUAUUUUUGUACGACUUUGAGUGCGCCGUACAGCAACUUCGUAAACCAAAAGACGACAACUUCCGGCUUCGUGAUACCCAGAUUCUGGCAAUAGUUACGUUGCUACCUAACCUUAAGCUAACGAAAUCUGAUCGAAGAUUAGCCCAGGUAUUUACUGGCGAGGGUAAGUCGCUGAUUGUGGCCGCAGUGGCGAUUGCUCUUGUUUACAAUUGGUUCGACCCUAACAAAGCGCGAAAACACUUAAGCGAGGAACAAUUGUUCGACGCUCAGAAAUCACCGCAACGAAUUGAUGUGAUUACCAGUAACAAUUUAUUAGCAAUUCGUGAUUCCAACCUUUCAGUCGCAGAAGGAGGAUUGAGAGAUCUCUACGACUAUUUCGGUGUGUCGGUGGCAAACAACUGUAACCAAUCGGAAGACGGUCGCACAGCAGCUUAUGCGGCGAAAGUAGUUUACGGACAACUGGCCAAUUUCCAGCGUGAUUAUUUAUUGGCCAAGUUCUACGACCGUAAUAUUUUUAACAAUCUACAAUCAUCGUAUGCCAUUGUUGACGAGGUAGAUUGCAUGUUGCUGGACCAAGGCAGCAACACUCUCUACUUAUCACACGACAUCCCCGGCAUGGAAACUUUGGAGUCUUUAUACGUUUUCAUUUGGGAAAAGCUACGCAACUCUACUGUUGACAAGAGCAGUUCAAAAGAACAAGUGAAGGAUUCAAUCAAAUCUGAUGUGUUGUUCGACUUGUUCGGUGUCACAACUAAAGACGAGCUGAAGUUGGUUCACGCGCUAUGGGACGAUUCGGAAAAAGACGCGCUAUGGAAAUAUCUAAUUGAGAUAAAAGUCAUUGACUCAAAGGGAUAUCUAUUAAUCGCUGAUGCAAACGAAAUUACAGAAUCAAAGAUCAACCUUAACCCAGAACUAAUACUACAAGGGAAGAAUCUGAAGGCGAAAUUGGUUUUCUAUUUCCGCAAAGUGGCCAAUCGCCAGCGUCGAAUCCGAAUACCUUCUCAUCUACUCGCAUUUGUUGAUCGAAAUCUUGACACUUGGCUGAACAGUGCUUUUCUGGCCCUGGAUCUAAGACGCGACGAGGACUACGUCAUUGACCAAGAUCGAACAGACACUAGUCCGGAUCUCAAUCCGCAAGUGAUUAUUGUCGAUCCCGACACUGGAACGGAUCAAACUUUGUCGCAAUGGGAUGGAGCCUUGCACCAAUUCCUUCAGCUCAAGGAAGGAUGUAAGUUAACGCUGCAAAGUCUCAAAUCAGUUUUUAUCUCCAAUGCCACGUACAUCUCAAAAUACUGGGGAUUGCUGGGUGUGUCAGGGACGCUGGGAUCUGAACAAGAACAAAUAUUUUUACAGAACGCAUAUGAGUGUGAUUUGUACCCCAUUCCUAGGGCUUUCGACACAUGUUUUGAAAAAAAAAAAACCCAAGUCCUGUCAACAGAAGAAGAAUGGCUAAAUGCCAUUAUAAGGGAAACCAAGACCACUAUCGAAACAAUACCAAAACGAUCGAUUAUCAUCUUUUGCAAGUCCAUCAAAGUUGUCAACUUCAUCCAUCAACGCUUAAAGAGUUCCAAUCCUGAGCUAAGUGUAAACCAUCGUCUCCAUCGCUACACACGCGAUUACGAGAAAUUUGCGUAUGAAAGUAUCGAGCUGGAUAUUGGGCAUGUUAUCGUCGCUACCAACUUGGCCGGCCGAGGAACGGAUUUGAAAAUUAGCAAACAACUGUGUGACAAUGGAGGAUUGCAUGUGUGCCUUACUUUUUUCCCCGAUAAUGAACGGAUUGAGGAACAAAUAAUGGGCCGGGCAGCUCGCAAUGGGGCACCCGGAAGUGGAAUUCUCAUUAUUUGCAAAUCAAUUUCCCGCGAUCGGAAUACGCCUGAUGAAAACGACACCCAGGAUUUGGCCACAAUUUCCGCCAUGGAGGAAGCACGCAAUUUUCAAGAAAAACAACGCAUCGCCCGGUUGGAAGAAUAUUCUAAAGGCAGGAGAGAUCAAGUGAAAUUAUUUGAUGAUUUCUCAGAAUAUUAUACUACUCUAAGAAAACAAUUAUGUGAGAAAAAAUACAGGGAUUGGGAAGUAAGUGCCAUCUGUGGAAGUGUAUUGGAUCAAUGGGCUUUGUGGCUGGACGAAAUGGAUGCAUCCAUUUCGAAUGGAAAUCUUUUGCAUCCAUUUCGAAUGGAAAUGGAUGCAUCCAUUUCGGGGAAUCAUGAUUCCCCAUUCGACGUGAAAAAGUACUCGUACUCAACGAAAUUAAUUCCAAAAUUUAAAAUUCCCGAGCACAAUUUUCCCGAAAGUAGUCAAAGUCAACUUGACUGGAUGACACCGGCUCGUUUAGUUGUCGUUGCUAAACAUUUGGCGGCCACGGGUAACAAGAAAUCGAAUAAGUUUAAGGCGGCAACCAGCCUUUUAGAACAACUCAUCAAAUCAAAAGACAACCAAUUUUAUCCCGCUGCUUACUACUACCGCGCAUUCAUUUUGCUGAAGGAAGAUUUCGAAACAAACCAAAAUGAAUUUAUUAAAACAUUGCGUACGUGCGAAAAUGUAUUAAAUGAGCAAAUCAAUAUGCAAAUAUCAAAUUUUUCAAUCAUCCGGGAGACGGAUAGGAAAACAGAUCAUGCUGAUUCCUUUUGUGCUGUUGAUGGCUAUACGCAGCAAAAAGAUAACAUUCUUAAUCUGUUUCAAUAUUUCCUUGGCUCAGUUCGGUCCUUGCUGGGGACCGAUUGCUCCAUAGAAGAUUUUGAAGCAGCAGGGUGUCUUCCCAAAGAAGUUAAAGGAUUUUUUGCAAAAAAUCUAGAUAACUUUGAAAAAUGGAUUGAACGGGAAAAUCAUGAAAACUCCAAAGUUUUCCAGAAAAAAGACGAAAAAAAAAAGGACUCGAAGAAUUUUACGAUUCCGAACGAAAAGGUGGUGGAAUAUUUUGAUCUAUUAAUGGAGGGCGAGUCCAAAUGCAUUGGCCACCAGCUGAAUAGCGCCAGCACCAUACCGAGCUGGAACUCUUCCGUCGAGCAAAUUGCAGAAUCCAAUUGGAAAACGGCCAUUUUUCAGAUAGCAAACGCUUACGGUUUCUGCGCAUCGACCUUAGAAAAAGCUCUCAAACAGGCGGUGAAAGAGGAACUAAGCACAGAGGACAUUGAAAAAGAAUUUGAAAACGAGUUGAAAAAGAAAUUUCAAGAAGACAAUUUAAUUCCAUGCACGAGGGAAUCGUUCUGGGCGAAAUUGAUCGAAACCGGGGCAUUGUUUGAUAACGAAAAUUUCGUCGUCAUGGAUGACUGCAACGUCGACAGUUUCAAUUUAGAUCGCGACGAGGCCAAAGAAUUAGACUUUGGCGACAACUACGUCCUGUAUGAUCCCAUUGAUAACAGCAAAAACGGAGAAGAAAAGAAAAUCAUUUUCUCGCAAGAGUACGUCAAAGACAAACUUUAUGGCAAUCGAGAGUACAACCGUAGCGGAGAUCAAUUUCAGUUCAACAAGAUCGCCAAAAUUGAUAUCGCCAAACUCAAAUCAGUUGACUUGAAGCUGUUUGGCCAGUUAAAAGACGACGAUUUGCGUAAGGCCGAUAUCAGCAAGGUGGAACGUAAAGAAAUUAUGGACGAACUAAAAAACCAAAAAAUCAUAGACGACGCAGGCAAUCUCUCGUCCGAUUACGAUGGUCAAAGUUUCAAAUAUCCAAACUGUCCUGCGUAUGAAGAUACUGUGAUGCGUUUAGUGGGGACCAAGUUACGUGCCGAAAUAGUUAGACGACAUUGGCUGAAGAGUAAAUACAAUACGAAUCGUCUCGAAGCAAUCAACUUGUUGCCUUUGACACCUUAUAGAGAUAUGCUGGAUGACUUGAUUGCUGCCUAUGUCAUUUCUGGUGUCCGACUAAAGAAAAUGGAUGAACAUAUCCUCGAAAGAAAAGUGAAUGAAAUCACCAACGAAGGCCAUGAACAUAAAUGUAUUUUAGAUUUUUUGAAAAGCCGACAAGCAAUUUACGAAGCCACGUCGUUGAAAAAACAAGAAACUGCGCUUGACUUCAUUGACAGUGAUAUCCGCAAGGUAAAAGCCAAUACCGUCGAACGCGAAUUAUGUCUUUUUCGUUUGAUGGGAUUUGAUCAUGUCAUGUACAUGAAGGAUCGCCAAAUGUCUAGGAAACAGAUGGUCUUGACAUCCCUAUUUGUACCGUUCAUUAUUAUCGGUGGAGCUGUUUCGAUUAGUGCUGGGGCUGUCUUUACCAUCAGUAAAAUUUGGCCAUUCCGUGUCGCAAAAGAUUUGCUUUUCAUGGGGGGUCUGUCUGACAUCGUCUACGUAUUGACGUCCACGUUAUCCAAUCACCAAAUCAGCCUCUCUGGUUAUGUCCAUCAGAGAAUUAGAAGUGCAGCAGGAAAAAUGAAUUUAGUGGAUGAAGGAAAGACUCUCUGGAAGCUAUUAGAAUCCAGCAAAUCUGGUAGUCAAAGCUACAGACCUGCUGUCCGACUCCACAUGGACGCUUUUCACCAAAGGCGAUUACGAGACAGAAAUGGCGAAAUGGCCCAGCACAAGAUUGUCAGUGCAUUACUUGGACUCGAGAUUAUAUCAACAAAAACUAUGGAAGAAGUUGAAAAUUCAGUCCAUUAGGCAAGAUUGCAACUUCGUCUGGGAAGCACAAUUUAUCACCGGAUUAAACCACGUCUUUGCCAGCAGACGGAGCUGUGAUAAUCGUCGGAAUGAGCUGCAUUACACAUGUCUUCUUUUGGUGAAAUAUUGUAGUCUAAUGUCGUUUAAUUUUGUUUAGACCAUCAACGAGAUCUGACGUUAUUCAUCAAAUGUAGCGUUUUGUGAAUGGUCUAUUUUACGACCAAUUGGCUUCCGAUAAUACUAUGAUAAUGUCUCUCUGGAAAUGACAAAAUAAAUGAAUUAAACUAA